AUGUCUGCCACGACGGUAUCUCGUCAGAUUGCCCGCGCGACCCUGCGCACCACCGCCAGAAACACAUUCGCGACCUCGUCUCGACAGGCUUUCCGACAACAUGGCCGCCGUUUUUACUCUUCUGAGCCACCUAAGUCUUCGGGGUCGUCUACCCUACUAUAUAUAGCGGGUGCCGCCGUCGCAGGUGGUGCUGGUUACUACCUUUACGCUCAGGGUGGUUCGGCCAGUACCAAAGUCUUCACCCCCACCAAGGAAGAUUAUGUGAAGGUAUAUAACGAGAUUGCCAAGCGUCUCGAGGACAACGACGAGUAUGACGAUGGUAGUUAUGGCCCCGUUCUCCUUCGUCUGGCAUGGCACGCCAGCGGUACCUUCGACCAGGCAACUGGUACCGGUGGUAGCAAUGGUGCUACCAUGCGAUUUUCCCCCGAAGGUGACCACGGUGCGAAUGCUGGCUUGAAGAACGCUCGGGACUUCCUAGAGCCUGUUAAAGCCAAAUUCCCCUGGAUCAGCUACUCCGAUCUUUGGAUCAUCGGUGGUGUCGCUGCCGUCCAGGAGAUGCAAGGCCCCACCAUUCCGUUCCGACCUGGUCGUCGGGAUGGUGACGCUGCGGCUUGCACUCCCGAUGGACGUCUUCCCGACGGAGCCAAGGGCGGAGACCACCUUCGUAACAUCUUCUACCGCAUGGGCUUCAAUGAUCAAGAGAUCGUUGCCCUUGCUGGUGCCCACGCCUUAGGUCGAUGCCACACUGACCGAAGUGGUUUCGAGGGUCCGUGGACCUUCUCUCCCACUGUGCUGACCAACGACUACUACACCCUUCUCUUAGACGAGAAGUGGCAGUGGCGCAAGUGGAACGGCCCCAAGCAGUAUGAGGACACCAAGACCAAGUCACUCAUGAUGCUUCCUGCCGACUAUGCCCUCAUCCAGGACAAGGCUUUCAAGCCGUGGGUUGAGAAGUAUGCUAAGGACAACAACCUUUUCUUCAAGGACUUUGCUGCUGUUGUCAAGAAGCUUUUCGAGCUCGGUGUUCCCUUCAAGCAGGACGCCGAGACCAUCAUCUUCAAGCCCACUAACGCUUAA